UUUCACCUCUACUUCCCCUAAAGCUCAUCACUUUCCUCUUCAACCCCCAUCAACUCCCUUACCAAUCGGAGGUUAAAGAGACGGCACCAUCGCGCUGUCCGCCUUGACGAAGCCGCCGCUUGUCUUGGCCCUCAAAUUUUGUUGUAAAAUUAGAGUGUAUUUCUAACAUUUUUACUUAAAAUUUGUAUCUAACACCAAAAAAUAAUCAAAAAUGUCUGGAAAAUCAUCAAAGGCCGAUAAGAAGAUAGCAUACGAUGCUAAGAUUUGUCACUUGCUCGACGAGUACAGCCAGAUCUUGAUUGCUGCAGCUGACAAUGUUGGGUCUAACCAGCUUCAGAAUAUCCGGUCCGGUUUAAGAGGCGACUCAGUUGUUCUUAUGGGUAAGAAUACUAUGAUGAAGCGGUCUGUUAGGGUUCAUGCUGAGAAGACUGGGAAUAAUGCUUUUCUUAAUCUUAUCCCCCUUCUUCAGGGCAAUGUGGGUUUGAUUUUUACGAAGGGUGAUCUGAAGGAAGUGAGUGAAGAGGUUGCCAAGUACAAGGUUGGAGCUCCUGCUCGUGUUGGUUUGGUUGCCCCAAUUGAUGUUGUUGUCCCUCCAGGCAACACAGGACUUGAUCCAUCUCAGACCUCUUUCUUCCAGGUGCUUAAUAUCCCAACUAAGAUUAACAAGGGUACUGUUGAAAUUAUCACCCCUGUUGAGCUGAUCAAGAAGGGUGAGAAGGUUGGCUCCUCUGAGGCUGCACUGUUGGCAAAGCUUGGAAUUAGGCCAUUCUCUUAUGGUCUUGUUGUCCUGUCUGUUUACGACAAUGGCUCUGUCUUCACCCCUGAGGUUCUUAAUCUCACCGAAGAUGAUCUCCUUGAGAAGUUUGCUGGUGGUGUGUCCAUGGUCACUUCAUUGGCCCUGGCCCUCUCAUACCCAACCCUGGCUGCUGCACCACAUAUGUUCAUCAAUGCCUACAAGAAUGUUUUGGCUAUUGCAGUUGCAACUGAUUAUACCUACCCACAGGCAGAGAAAGUCAAGGAGUACCUUGAGGAUCCUAGCAAGUUUGCUGUUGCUGCUGCCCCUGUUGCGGCUGCUUCUGCCGGUGCACCAGCUGCUGCUGCUGCCAAGGAAGAGGAGAAGAAGGAAGAGCCAGCCGAGGAGUCGGAUGAUGAUAUGGGUUUCAGCCUCUUUGAUUAAGUUUUAUAGAGGUUAUUACAUCAUAUAGGUCUUCCAGAAAUGGAAUUUUCACUAAUGUUUGCGACACUAUUUAUUAUUCAGUUUUGUUGUUGAAGAAUUUUAUGUGUUGAAUUAGCAAGUUUCACAUACAUCUUUUUAGGAUGUUACUUUUUUGAAUGCCUUUGUUUUGAAGUUAUAUGUUCAUGUUGGAUUCAA